AUGGCGGUUAAUAUAACCUACGAUAAUUGCAGCCUUGAUUUAACGGAAGCGGAAAUCCCAAUUAUCUUGGUGUUGACAUUAAUAUUUAACUUGAUUUCAUUGGUCAUUAUAAUUCGAAUGAAAUGUUUAACAGAAAGUAUCGAUCACUUGUUAGUGACGACCUUGACAAUCAAUGACCUGUUUUCAACUGUGGUGUAUACCACAAUGUGGUUAGGUGGUUGGAUGACGUGUGGUGUUAUGUUGCAGAAUAUAUCCUGUGAUAUUAUGGGAUGGUUAGGAACUGUUACUGUUAUGUACUCGGCUGGAAUAAUAGUGAUUAUGUCAUCAUGUAGAUAUUUAGCCUUAGUGCGACCUAUCUUCUAUCGGAUGCAAGUGACUCUUAAAAGUGUUAAAAUUGCAUUAGUGACGCUGUUGCUUUAUUUUGUGCUAGUGACCAUAUUUCCAUUGUGUGGGAUAACAACACCGUACUACUAUUACAAUUCCAACUUUGUGUGUGCCUAUAACUUCACUCCUGGAGACGGUGCAAUGUUCCAUCGUGGUAUUUUAGGCCUAAUUGCUGUUUCUGGUAUCGUAACAACAUUGAUUGUUCUCUUCUUUAACAUUUCAAUAAUACGACAGCUUCGUAAAACAUCGAGCGUUGGUCAUGCUGAUUCUGCUAAUAAAGGAUCAGUCCUACAGUCUAAACGGUUAACUAUUACUACUAUUACACUGGUCGUAUCAUUGGUUUAUUGUUUUACCUAUGGUCCAUUUUUGAUUCGAGUGUUGUUAGAUGUUAUUAUAAAUUCAGAUGCUCAGGAAGACCUGUAUCAUUCUAUCACUAUGUCAUUACUUUUCUUAAGCCCUCUUUUAAACCCUAUUAUUUAUGUAUUUUUAAAUGCCAGACAUAGACACUGCUUGUUACAAUUACUCAAAUCUGUUAUAUACAGACUGAGAUGUAGGAAGAUGCCAAUUGAGGACAGAAAUUCAGACACACUCCCUACAGCAAACCCUACUGGACACAUCUAG